UGCUCCGCUCUCCCCGCCUCUCUCAUCUCCGCAGAUCCCCGCACCGAGCGGCUCACCGCCUCAUUUCGGGCUCGCCUUGUAUAGUCAACAGCAACAGCUCCUCUCCUACUGAAACAACCCACUGCUGUCAGACGCACGCGUGAAAUCUGACGUGAUGCUGUUGCCACCGUCCCAUUCAGCCGUGUGUCGGGAUCCUCCCUUCAGAUAGUCGUGCGUAUGCGCUGCUGGGAACGACAUUGUGCAGAGCGGUGUUUAAGCAGAAAGCGAGCUGUUAAUAGAGACAAAUCAAUAGGUAACUCAAUCCCGAUUGAUUUUCCUGCGGCAAUGUAAAGAUGGCGAGAGUGCUCCAGUACUUGCUGUUAUUUCUGAUGAGUCUCUCGCUGCGAAUCAGAGUUUUGGGCUACUGGUCGCUGAUAUACGGUUAUUGUGCGCUUUGCACCAUCGUAGCCCUGCUGAAACUUUGCUGGAACAUCAUCCUGAGGCCGACUGCCACCUUCCAAUGGGGGGUCCGUGAGACUCCCCCGGCUUGUCUGAAUGACACGUCCUUGGGAACCCACUGCUAUGUUCGGAUCAAGGAGUCGGGCCUGAGGUUCCACUUUGUGGCUGCUGGAGAGCGUGGAAAGCCACUCAUGCUGUUCUUACACGGAUUCCCUGAGUUCUGGUUCUCCUGGCGUUACCAGCUGCGUGAGUUUAAGAGUGAGUUCCGCGUGGUGGCCGUGGACAUGCGGGGCUACGGGGAGUCCGACCUGCCGCUUUCCUCUGACAGCUACAGCUUCGACAGCCUGGUCACCGACGUCAAGGACAUCGUGGAGUACCUAGGAUACAACAGAUGUUGCCUCGUUGGGCACGACUGGGGCGGGACAAUAGCCUGGCUGUUUGCCAUCCAAUACCCAGAGAUGGUGACCAAACUCAUCGUCCUGAACAGCCCCCAUCCCUCUGUGUUCACAGGUAUGAUUGUGCAAAAGAAUAAGUCCCAACAUAGUUUUCCCUAUGUCGGGACCUAUUAUGCUCAUUCUCAGUCGUCCUUCACACUCAUUUCUCCCUUUCCCAGGUACAACGACUCCGAGGGGGUUUUGCGACGAUUUAAGUGUCGGCAGGUGGACGUAGACAUAGAGGAGGAGGAGAAGUCGAGGGACAAUCUGACCUCUCCGAGCUGCCUCAAGCUCCAACAACUUCCCUUCAACACUCCUCCACUCUUCUGCGGCGUGAUGGACACGUUGCUGUCCUGUUGA